AUGCUCUCACGUGUUGCUGCAGUGGAGGCACCCCGCACACACAACCGUCGCUGUGUGACCGGAUCCCGCGGAAGGAGGAGGGAAGGAAGAGAGAGUGAGCCGCAGAGGCCCAACAUGUCCCGUCUUGUGUUUACUUCCGCGGUGCUGCUUCUCCUAUUUGUGGUUGUGAUGUUCUGCGGCAGUGGUGGAGCUGCAGCCACUGAGAAAGCAAAUGCAGGCAAGAAUGAUUUAAUAAAUAUUCAGAAUUUGCAGAGGGUCGAUCUAUUUGUUUCGCGGACGACGCUGGUGCUGCCGAAGAAGGGGACUGGCCCAAUUAAGACGAGGGAUUCAUUUUUUGGACCCUCUCUCGUCAGCGCUGGUGGAGUGAUUGCUGCUUUUGCCGAAGGUCACAUGAAUGCCGAAUAUCAAGGUGGUCAAUCAAAUAAGCCGUCUUCUUCUGAUGUUGUUGCGGAGUACAUCGACUCUGCGUGGAAUUGGUCCACUCUUGUUGGCAAGGUGAGUGAAAGUACAUGGAAGGCACACACCGUGCUUGGUACAACGGAUGGAACGGAUAAUCGUGUGGGUGUUGUGCUCCGCCCCACAACCACCAUGAAGGACAAUAAGGUGUUUCUUCUUGCGGGAAGCACUGAUGCGCACAAAGAAGGUCCGGAGUGGAAAGUGGACAGCCUGGAUCUGAAACUGGUUGUGGGUGAUGUCACGAAUUCUACGAGCAGCAAGCAGAGUGGACGGAUCGAAUGGGGUGACCCAAGACCGCUGUUCGAUUCGAAAUAUUCAUUGAAUCACAAAAGUAAAUUGAAUACCUUUUUUCCUUCUGGUGGCUCAGGUGUUCUGAUGGAGGAUGGCACGCUUGUGUUUUCUCUGAUGGCGGAGAGUAAAGAAAAUGAUGGCGUUUACUCCAUGAUCAUUUAUUCGACGAACAACGGCAGUACCUGGUCGCUAUCUGAGGGCGUUUCUUCUGCGGGCUGCCACAACCCCCGCAUCACCGAAUGGGGGACGGGAUCACUUCUCAUGGUUGUUGACUGUGUGAAUGGCCAGAGGGUGUACGAGUCGCGUGACAUGGGGACAACGUGGACGGAGGCCACCGGGACGCUUCCAGGCGUGUGGGUCAACGCCCGAUCAGUCUUUUGGGACGUCAGCCCGCAUUUGGAUGCCCUCAUCACCGCCACGAUUGAGGGAAGGAAGGUCAUGCUGUACACUCAGAGAGAGUACACCUCGGGGAAGAAUAAGGUUUCUGCGCUCUACCUUUGGGUCACGGACAACAACCGUACGUUUUGUGUUGGGCCGGUUGCCGUGGAGGAUAAUAUGAAUUGGAUGCUUGCCAGCAGCCUACUGUACUCGGAUGGCUAUUUGCAUAUUUUACAACGGAGGGUCAGUGGUGAAGGCAGUGCCAUUUCACUUUCCCGCCUGACGGAGGAGCUGAAGGAAAUCGAGUCCGUCCUCAGCACUUGGUCGCAAAAGGACGUUUUCUUCUUCGGCUUGUCAAUACCCAUGGCGGGUCUGGUGGCAGUUUUGUCCGAUGCGGCCAGUGGUGACACGUGGAACGACGAGUACCUUUGCCUGAAUGCAACGGUGACGAACGCCACGAAGGUCAAGGAUGGGUUUCAGUUGACGGAGCCUGACUCCGGGGUAAUGUGGCCUGUGAACACUCGGGGUGAUAAAGUACGUCAUGUAUCCUUGAGCCACAACUUCACACUUGUGGCGUCGGUGACCAUCGAAGAGACUCCAAGCGGGAACACACCUCUCCUGACUGCGGUGUUGCUUGACGCUGGGCCCCCAUAUAUCAUGAGACUGUCGUACACCGCGGAUAACAAGUGGGUGACGAUAUUCAAAUACGAGAAGAUAACAAAAAGUGACACUUGGGAGUCGGGGAAAGAAUACCAAGUGGCACUCAUGCUGCAAGGCAACAAGGCCUCUGUGUACAUUGAUGGCAAGUUGCUGGGGGAGGAAGAAGCUCUGUCAACAGAUGAGAGGCCAAUUGAUGUCGCAGACUUUUGCUUUGGCGCGUGCGACUUUGGUGAUGAUGAUGAGGAGGAGGCCAGUACGAAGAAGAUCGGCAAAAAACCUCGUGUGACGGUGAAGAACGUCUUUCUGUACAACCGCCCACUGAAUUCCACUGAGAUGACUGCAAUCAAGGAAAGGAUCCCCGUUUUGGCAAGAGGCUCGGAAUGGCAAGCGGAUGAUGUUCCUCAAACCAUCGCAUCUGCUGGAUCUGCGGCGCCUGGCCCAGGGGAAGUACCAGCAGCACCGGGGAGGACAACUGUGGAGAGAGCUACCAACGCAGAACAUGCGUCCGCGAUAAGCUUUACCUCUGCUGGGAGCGGACUGCUGCCGCUGCUUCUUCUGCUCGGGCUGUGGGUGUUUGCGGCUCUGUGA